UGCUCUCCAUAUAAAUUAGCCAUCACUAAAAUUAAUAGAAAUAUAAAAAUUAUUCCGGCUACACAUUGUAAGAAAUUCAAUAAGAUUUUUCAGUGAAUGGUGUAGCAUUUAUCGAGCUAAAUCGUCAUCUUUGGAUUGGAAAUAAUUGGUGUGGAUUGUGUGGAGUGUAGUGGGGCAUUGCCUAUGGUAUUUGACACAUAUGUACCCUCUAUGUAUCGACGUACAUAGACAUAUUUAAUGGUUGAUGCAGGAAUGAAUCGAGCAGCCAUUUUUAAACUGCUUACCUGCUCUUAAGCCUCCCUCCUACUACAGUACUACAGAAUAAGGGAGUGAUAGAGAAAAGAAGAGAACAUGGAGGAUGAAUUAAAAAUUUUGACGAUAACUUGAUGGUCACUGAGUCACCAGCUGGCUGUGGAUAUGUGCUUGGAGCAGUAUUGUGAAAAAAAAUAUAUAUACACAUAUAUUUAAUUAUUUUUGAAGUAAAGAGUGUGGUUGAGAAGAGAGAGGAGAGGGAAGGGUGGUAGUUGGUAAUAGAGGUAAACCAGUGUAAGAGGAGAAAGAGAAGAAGUUAUAAAGGUGCAUAGAAAUAGAGAGAGAACGGGAUAUAAGGUUAAAGUGAGGAAGGGACGAGUGAAGAUUUGAUAAAAUGACAUGGUGAACUGUCAACCCCUGUUAAUUCAUUAAUGCAAUAAGAUGAGGGCAUAGGAUAUGAUAUUUUUCUAAACCUCAAAGUCGUUGAUAAUCGUGGACUGCUUGCGAGUCAAGUGUUAAAAUUAAUAUUACCAUUAUAAUAAUUGACUGGAGUUAAAAUGAAAUAAAAGGUGUAAAUAAAAAAAAGGCUAUAGACGUAUAGUUCGUACAUCCAUCAGAAAAAAUCGACAAGGAAGAGGAGAAAGAGAGAAAAAAUAAUCACAGCGAUGUGACUAUUGAUAUGUAAAAGAUAGAAGGACCAAAAGAAGACGGAUAUAAAGGGGGAGAAUUCUGUAAUGAAUUUUUAUUACGAAUGUUGAGGAUUUUAUAUCAUUCAAGCGGUGGGUGGCUUGUUGAAUAAUGGCAGACAAUGUGCACAGAAAAACGCACAAGACAACGGAUGGCAGUAGAAAAUUAUCAACUCCAGUUAAUCGUACAACAUCUGAAACAAUAAGGAUUGGUGGUAAUAUCACUGAUAAUGAUAAAAAUCAAGUGGUGUUGGAUCAGAUGGGUCAGUUGGGUCAACACUGUAUAACGUCGUCUGGUAAUAAUUUAAUAUCAACGCCAAAUAAUAACCAAUGCAGAAAGAAAACAUCAUCAUUUCAAAUAACCAGUGUUACUGUUGGGAGUCGCAUGAGUAAUGACGCCGGUGAAGAUUCAAAUGAUGAUUUGGACGAAUCACACGGUGAGGAUAAUUCUGUUGAACAUUCAAGAAUUGAAAAUACUGAUAUUGAAACACCGAGCUACUCAGAGGAUACAUUCUCAAAGGACGAUGUGUUUUUCAAUGCAAGUAAUGCUGCAUUGAGUACAGCACCAGUUAUACCAACAUCCUCUCAAUACGGUUUAGCUAUUGUACCAUCAGAUCCAAGUGGUAAUGUCAGUAAUUCAAGCAAUGACAGCAAUAUCAAUGCACUUGAGUUGUCAUCAGUUACUGACAACAAUAUCAUUAAUUUACUAUCGAGUAAUACUAAACAAGACACUGAUGGUGUAUCAAUACGUGACGGUGUAUCACAUGGUAGGAAUGAGAGAUUCAAAGUUGUUAAAAUUGAAAGUACAGAGCCCUUCAAACGAGGUAGAUGGACUUGUAUGGAUUACCUAGAUCAUACAUCUGUUAAUAAUCAAACCAAUGCUAUUAAUACUGCUAAGACAACAGAUCCUAAUCAAGUGUGUAUAUCCUAUGGUGUUAAUGAUGGAGUUGUAUUGCCAACAAAUGCUACGUCCGCCAAUGAUGAUAAAACCAUUGGGGUUGAUAUGAAUGGUCAUGUUGCGCAUCAGGAUAUUCAUGGUUCAAUUGGCAUUUCGAAUAAUCAAACCGGUGGUUAUACUGUUACUAGUAAUUCACUUCAAUCACAGAAUUGCCAGCGUAAUCCAACAGCAUCCGGUAUUACAUUAUCACAACAGCCGUAUUUCCAUUCAUCAUCACCGCAGCAGCAGCAGCAGCAGCAGCAGCAGCAGCAGCAGCAGCAGCCACAGCAGCAACAACAGCCACAACAACAACCACAGCAGCAGCAGCAGCAACAGCAGCAGCAACAACAACAACAACAACAACAACAAGCAACUCAACAGCCUCCUCCACCAUCCCAAGGUUCGACAUUGCCCUCUAAUUUACAACCAGCACAUCCUAACAGUUUGGGACAGCCACAGAGUUUGCCACAGGGCUCUAUUCCCCUUAUAACGCAGACCAGCAACAACAAUGUGACUUCUCAACAAAAUAUAAAUCAUCCCAAGGAAGAAAGCUAUGUUAAUGUUGCAUCGCAAAAUCAAUCAUUGCCAGGUCAAAAUGUAUGUCAAUCCGGUGGAACAAAUCCAACAAAUAUUAUGGUACAGAAUCAGGGACAGACACAAUCUCCUAAUCAGCCACAAUCCCAAUCGACUCAGCAACAGCACCAAAUCAAUGAUCCGAUAGCUGCAAUUCAAAGAAUUCAAGGAAUACAAAAGAUACAUCAGGUUCCAGCGUCUGGUGGACAGCAUGCUGCUAAUACUGCACCACCACAACAACCAACACCAACGGCAACAGCUGCACCUGGAGCUGGAGCUACUGGCAAUGCUAAUAAUGCUGGUGUUAAUCCUCAAGCAACAGCCAAUUGUCAAAAUAAUCUUGGGGCAAUGAACUUUCAUCAGGAGGGCGCAGAGCAGGACUCUGUGUCGGGUAUAGCUGAUGCUGCCUUGUUGGAAUGUCUCGCUGAAGUAACACAAUCAACUGAUGACCAUCAGACACUCGAAGAAAAUGAAAGUAUGUCGGGAGCAGGUGCCGUUGCUAUUGAUAACAAAAUAGAACAGGCAAUGGACUUGGUGAAAAGUCAUCUGAUGUUUGCGGUUAGGGAGGAGGUGGAAGUAUUGAAGGAAAAAAUAGCUGAGCUUAUGGAUCGUAUAAAUCAGCUUGAGGCUGAAAACUCGAUUCUGAAGGCGCACGCGACUUCUGAGACACUGGCGCAGUUGAAUCAAUUGUCAAAUAAAUUACCCCAAAGUAAUUCAACAAGUGGUCAAUAAGAGGAGUUAUGUCAAAUCAGAUGGAAACAAAACAUGAAAGAAAAAAAAAACAUUGUAAAUAAGUUUAUAUUAAAUAAUUAAUCAUAAUAAUGAAUAAUA